UCGAGACGGACGUUCGUCUAUUCAAAAUGAUAGGUCUUCAUUGACACAAAAUGUCGAUGUACUUGCGAAGCCAAGUCACACUCAAUUCUCUAAGAAGAAUCCACACAAAUGCCGCACUGUUAAAAUUUAAUCCCUUGGUGUAUACACCUCCUUAUAAACGUGACCCUGUCACCGAGUACAGAGUUGGUAAUCGAGAAGUUGUUGGUUAUGGUAUAAACGGAGAACCGAAUUACGGUGACAGCCACAUGUUUCCCUUUCCCUCGAUACGAUAUAAAGAACCCACUCAAGAGAUAUUGGCUUUACGCGAGAGAGAGAAAGGUAACUGGAAGCUCCUGUCGAAAGAAGAUAAGAAGGAUCUGUAUCGAGCUUCUUUUUGUCAAACAUUUUCAGAAUUUAAAACACCUAGACCAGGAGCAUGGUGUGAGAUUUAUGGUUGGAUGUUCAUAUUUUUUUCAAUUAGUCUAUGGGUUUCUAUUGGAGUUGAGAAAUAUGUGAAUCCCGAAAUGCCAAAAUCAUUUUUACCAUCUAGAAAAAGAGCCCAAAUGCGCAGACAAAUAUUACUACAAGUCGAACCAAUUACUGGACUAUCAUCUAACUGGAAUUAUGAAAAAAUGACUUGGAAAAAAGUCGGGUGGUUCACACCACCCAACCCCUUCAUUAUAUGUCCAGAUGAUUCCGAGGAUGACGAAGAUGAAGAAGAUUCUUAGUAUAUGAAAGAACAUAUAUAUAAACUUGUUUCCAAAUAAUAUAUAUUCCUUGUUUUUCA